AACCUUGCUUGCUAUCAGCCUGAGAGAAAGGUGCGAGUGAGAAGUUGCCGUACAGUUGGUCGGCGCACGUAGCGGGCAGUGACGCCUGUGAGCGGCACUGUCCGCUGUUACUCCAUAUUGGCUUUACGACGACUAAUGUGUAGUUCUUGUGACUCGCUGAGAGCAGACUGAUCACCUGCGGGAGCGAGAACGCCAAGGCGUGUUCAGCGGCAGGCAAGACUAGCGUUUGGACCAGCUAGCAAUCGGGGGCAUGCCCAGUGAGAACCGCCGGGGUAUCUCACAACUCGGGGACUGCGACGGCAGUCCAUUGUCCCAGCAACCCGCAACUCGCGUAUUCCUCCAGCAGUGAAGCAGCGUCCUCGCCUGGCCAGCUAGGUUAUGUCUAUGCCUAGCCUGGUUUAACACAGGUGGCCAGAGUGCAUGCGCAACCCAGUAACAGCGGACAGUCUGCGCGAACCGGGGGGACCGGCUAUGACAAGGCCUCGGAUGUCGUGACGCAUAUCGUUUUGAUAUUGCGUGAAUCAAGAGCUCGGAAGCUGUGACGUCUCUAAACUCCUCGCGCCACUCCCUGUGCUUUCACAUGCCGCAGGCCGCAAGGCUGCCCUGACCGCUGGCGCGCUCGCACGAUCCUUUGCGGAGGAGUCAAUCCUUCAGCAGAGCAGUGGUGAGCUAGCGGGGCAAGGCGUGCUAGCGGCCGCGGCCUGGGAAGCAAUUUAGUAGUCUCUAAGUGAAUCAUGUCAGACGGAGGACAGCCUGGGCGUGCUCAGCGACGACGCGGUGGCAGCGUCAGUAACGUGUUGGCAGGGGCGGCGCAGCUCGGGGAUGCAGCUGCCAAUGCGCUCCGGGCGGUAGGCGGUCGGGCUGCUUCGGCCAUCGGCGCAGGCACUCGGCGCGCACGGCAGCCUCUGCUGCCAGUGGGGGACCCGGCCGCGAUUGAACGGGCCAACAGGGCCUUGGCUAACAUGGCGGCAGCCGCGGCGGCAGGGGCUGGGGGCUCUGCUGGGGGCCAGGCAGGUGCGCCCCCGGCAACCGCGGCAGGCGCCACAGCACCGGCGGAACUUGACGUUCGGCCUGUGAUCAUGGCGCUUGCCGCCAUGGCUGCGACCAACGGCGCAGCGCAGGCCGCCGGGGCAGAGGGCGCAGCCGCGGAAGCCGCGCCAGGCGUGGCGCGGCCGCCCAGGCCCAGCGCUCUGGAGCGGGCCAGGCUCGCUGUCAACCCAGCGUUUGCCCUCGACGGGCUGGAGGACGAGGAGGAUGCAGACUACGCCCCAUCAGGCGUAACGGGCAGCGCCGGUAGCGGCUUCGGGGCGUCAGAGUCUGACGACGAGUCACUAGGCCCUUCUGUCAGCCAGGUGGGAGAGUCAGAAGUACUGCGGCUGCUACGCGCCAGCGCAGAGAAGCGUGGAGAAUGGGGCCUCGAACGGGCGGGCCGCCGGCUGCGUUCGCGCAGCCAGGCGGCACCGCCGUUGGCGGCAGGCGUGGGAGGUAGGCUUACCACUGCGCCCAGCGCUGCAGGCAGCGGCAGCAGCUCAGCCAUCUGGCGCGAGACGGCACUCCGCCUGCAUCAGAGCAAUGAACGCCUGCAGCGGCUGCUAGAGCAGCGAGAUGCGGAACCUGGCGGCCAAAGGCCUGACCCAGCUGGAGACCAGCAACCCGGCGACGCGACCAGGCGUGCCGCCCGCACCACCACUUGGCUGUCGGACAACGCCGCGCACGAGGACCCCGACCACCCAGAGGCACGCAACGGCUUGCACUUAGUGAAGGCACUGGGCCUCAAGGCUGCCGUGGCCGACUCCAAGUUCGCCGCUUGGCUCCAUGCAGAACAGGCAGGCGUCCUGGCCCGGCAUCAAGCCGACUGGGAAGCAGCGCGUCAGGCGGCUGGCGAGCCCACGCAGGACUACUGUGGCAAAGGCUACGGCAGCGUCCCACACGUAGUGCUGUACUGGCGCGACGCUGUGGUGCGUGGUAUGGGCAUGGCACCGGCUGCCGCGCUGACGGCCGCCUCAGAGUUUGAGCUGCGUGAUGCUGCUCAUCCGGAGGAGGACUGGCGACAGGGCAUCCAGCGGUUUGAACAGCUGCUGGCACGCUGCCCGCGGGGCGAGACCUCUGCAGCGGGGCGCUGGCUCUUCCAGAGCGUUCGGUUCCUGCCCAUUGUCAUGAGGGAAAUGGCGAGUCGCCGCAAUGAGGCUUGCCACCGGCUGAACACUGAGCCCGCCGCCUACACCUAUGACCUGGCUACCGUCAAGGGCUGGCUGCAGCAGGCAUGGGGCUGGUGGGAGCAAGAACCAGCCACGCAAGCGCCGGUGCGGCACGCGCGCACCGCUGCCGCGCACACCCUCGCGCACGCCCACCCGGGCCACGCGCAGUCCCAGUCUGCCAUCCUCGCGCGGUUCCCAGCAGCUGCGGGCGAGGUGGUGCCUCAGUAUGGGCCGCGUCCCACGCCGGAAGACGCACAGUACUGCCUGCUGCACCAGACCCCCCGCCACGGCUUGGCAGCGGACCGCACCCCUGCAGGUGGGGGCAACACUGCCAGCCCGUUCUUCAGCCCCGGGCUGCAGCUCCACCUUGCCCUGUCCACGCAUAGCGUGGCGCACGGCGUGCAGGACCUGACGACGCAGCCUCAGGGCCCCAGCCUGCCUACCUACCCAGUCCUUCUGGUGGGUGCCACCACGGGGCUCCCAGAGGGCGAGCAGCUGUCCUCAGCCGGCGUCCGGGAAGUGACCAGCGCUGCCUUGUCAGUGCUGGACACCCUGUGCAGGCAGGGCAACCAGCCGCAGCUCUUGCAGGGCCACUCUCUGCACAGCACAGGCCGCCCCUCCCGCACGUUUGCGGGGCUGGCCUUCAGCCGGCGCGCGACCAGCGCCAGCAAAGCAGCCUUCACAGCGGAGCUCAUGCGCAGGUCACCGCUGGCGGUACCGCUCCAGCGCGGUCAGGCUGUCCUCACGGUUCACGUGCCGGUGGACACCCGGCCCAUCAUUCCGGGCACCUACACCGUCACGGUCAAGAUGGUAGGGGGCCCUGUGUGGGGGGCUUUCCGCGGUCGCACCGAUUUGGUGCUGCAGGCGGGCGGCUAUCCCACCACCUCGGACCCCUCUAACCUGGCGUGUGCUUAUGUGGUCUCAGAGCAGUGCGCCAAAUCGGUGGGCCCCAAGGGGGAGCCCCAGGCCCCCGCAGGCCAGGGCAUCACCAACCACAUCUUUGCCUGUGUGCGGGGCCCCAUCUGGGACCCGCAGCUCUCUCACCUGCACUGUGCCAAGUUUGAGAUGCCUGGUGAGGAGCCCAUGCAGGUGGAGGUCCGUGGCGCCCCCCAGGCGGCUGGGACGGCCACGACAGCUGCGGCAGGCAGCCCUGCUCCGGCUGCAGCCGGGGUCGCCGACCUGGGUGUCAACACCUUGGGUGGGGUGAGGCCCGCGGCUGCCAUGGCGACCGCAGCGGACAUCGUUGACCACGUGGGGGACGUGCAGAUGCAGGAGGCAGCGGGUUUGGGUGACGCGGCGGCUGCAGCUGGUGGUGCCAGCGGGCCACACAGCGGGGCCCCGCCCCCGCUGCCAGUUCUGGUGGCGGGGGGAAGCAACCGUGCUGCUGCGGCUGCACUGCGGGCCGCGCUGCAGCAGCAGCCCUCUUCGCAGCAGCGGGUGGCAGCGGGAGGGCUUAGCGGGGUCCAGCCGGCGACAGGUGUGGGGGGGCCGCCGGCGGCCAGGCCUCGCCCUGCCGGUGCUGGGCCGGCUGGCGUGCAGCAGCAGCAUAGUGGCGCUCCCGCGCCACAGCCGCCCUUGGAUCAGCGGGCAGCCGCCGGGCAGGAUCAGGAGCAGACCGCUGGGAUGCGGCGGUACUUGGCCGCGCUGGCGGACCUCAAUCUCCAGCGGCAACGGCGGUUACAGCAACAGCAGCAGCAGGAGCUGCAGCGCCAGGGGCAGUCGCCCAGGCCCCGGACCGGCUCCCAGAUGCAGGAGGCGGCGGGUGUGGGUGACGCAGCGGCUGCCGCUGGUGGCGCCAGCGGACCACCCGCCGUGGCCUCGCCCUCGCUGCCAGCUCUGGUGGCGGGGGGAAGCACCCGUGCUGCUACGGCUCCCCGGAGGGCCGAGCGGCAGCAGCAGCCCUCUUCACAGCAGCGGGUGGCAGCGGGAGGGCUUAGCGGGGGGCAGCCGUCGGCAGGCGUGGGGGGGCCGCCGGCGGCCAGGCGUCGCACUGCCGAUGCUGGGCCGGCUGGCAUGCAGCAGCAGCCCAGUGGGGCUCCCGCGGCACAGCCGCCCUUUGAUCAGCGGGCAGCCGCCAGGCAGGAUCAGGAGCUGGCAGCUGCGAUGCAGCGGUACUUGGCAUACAAGGCGGACCUCCAUCUCCAGCAGCAACGGCGGGUCCAGCAACAGCAGCAGCAGGAGCUGCAGCACCAGGACGGUGCUAGCUCGCCGCCGCACGUGCCCACUGGGCGGCUGGCCGGGGGACAGCAGGCUGGUGGGGACAGCGGGUCGGGGCGCCAGGGGGGAGGAGCGGGGCGGGCAGUGCCCCAGGCGCCGCCCCAGGCAGGGCCGCCACUGCAGACGUCACAACCGGCGGGUGGUGGUAAGGGCAGGGGCAGGGGCCUGGGCGCGCCGGCUGGGGUUUCGGCCGACACGGCUGGGCGCGCUGGUGGGGGUGCGGGCAGUGAGGCGGAGUACGGGGCCGUUUGCCUGACCCGGGACACGUGUGUUGCCAUCGGCUCUGACCUCGUGACGCACCAGAACCGCUGCGCAGAUGUGCAGGGGUAUGAGUGGGCGCAGCUUGGCCGCGACACGCUUGGUGGCCGCCUCCUCGCCUACCUCCAUGACCAGGGCGCCACCGUACCGGACUGGGCCGUCUGCCGUGUGCCGGCAGGCCGUACCGCCGUCCUGGCGCAGCUGCGCGACGAGUUCACUGGCUGGUGGCGCCUAUACUCAGCCCAGCCUGCCGACACGCCCCUGCCUUCCGACGUGACGGAGCAGCUGGAUGACGCCGCGCAGCAGGUGCAGACGGCCUACAUGGACUACGUGCUCCUAGACGCCCGCACCCUGCGGUCUGCUAAGCGUGGGCCGGCGGACCCCGUGAAUGUCAACGGCCUGGGCUCGCCGCUCAAGGCGCGGGCGCUGGUCUCGCACCUGCAGCAAGUUGGGGCGGAUGUGGCGAUGGUGCAGGAGACCCACGCUACUGACACGACGGCGCUGGAGUCUUGCCUUCGUGCCGCGCAGGGGGCGUGCCUUCCGUGGCGCCACUGCCUUGCUGCCAGCCCGGCAGCGUCGCCCCACUCCUGUGGGGCGGCUAUCCUGGCGCGGAGUCGGCUGUCCCUUCCAGGCUGCGUACUGCAGCCGCCGUCAACGGAUGCGGCGGGCCGUGUGGUAUGUUGGGAUUGGGACGUGGGUCACCUGCGCCUGCGCUUUGUGUGUGUGUAUGCGCCCACGGCCGUGGCGGACAAGCCUGCUUUCUUUGCCGGGCUGCAUCCCCACCUGGCCACGGACAGGGUGCUUGUUGUCGGUGGGGACUGGAACUGUGUCACCGAUGCCAGUCAGGAGGCGGCCCCUAGCCCGUCACGUGCUGCAGGUGCCCCGCAACUUGCCAGCCUCCUCGCCCAGUUCAGUCUGGUGGACCCCUGGGCGAGCAAGCGUGGCGGCGCCAAGGGCUACACGCAUCCGGCCACGCCCAAGCCGGCCACUCCCGCACGCCUGGAUCGGUGGUAUGUCAGUGCCGCCGCGGCGCCGUGGGUGGUGGAUGUCGCUCGCACGUAUGGGGCGCCUGGGGACCACAACGGUGUGCUGCUCACCCUGUCCUUGCCCGACCUGCCACAUGCGCACCGGGAGCAGUGGCGCUUCCCCACAUACCUGCUGUUUCACCCCUCGCUGCGUUUGGAGCUCGAGCAGCGCUUGGAGGCGCACGUUGCCGCAAAUCCCGUGGCCAGUACAGGUGACGGCGCUUGCACGCAAUGGGAGGCGGACAAGUUCUUCUUGCGGGAGGCCGCCACCAGCAUCCACCGUCGGCAUGCACGCCAGACCCGGGAUGGGCUGCAUGGCGUGGUGCUGGCCGCAGACGCGGCCGCUGCCCUGGCCGACCGGCCGGGUGCCAGCGCCGCGCAGCGUCAGGCUGCGGCCAUGGCCAACUUGGCGGUGCGGGAGGAGCGGGCAGCUGCCGCAGCGGCCAGCCACAAAGCCCGCGCUGCACUGAUGGAGGAGCAUGGGGAGCGGGGCACUCGCUGGUUCCAUCGGCAGGCUGACGAGCCAGCAGCCGGCGCGCAGGAGCCCAUCACGCACUUGAAGGUGCCGGGGCAACCGGCGCCUGUGGCGCUCACGGGGCCGGGCACGCGCAACACUGUCUCCGCAGCCGCCGCAGCCAUGUACAGCAGCACCAGCCCCACCGGCCUGUUCCGCGUGCAGCCGGUCUGUACGGCGUCGCAGCAACAGCUUCUGGCGGCCAUUGACCGCAAGGUUCCGGCGGAUCUGCAGGCCGCCGCAGAGGGGUCCGGUGACGGCGCCCUCAGUGAUGCCGAGCUGAUGGCAGCGCUGGCUGGCUCCGCCAAUGGUAAAGCACCUGGGUCGGACGGGGUCCCGUACGAGGUGUACAAGGUUUUCUGGGCGCUGCUGGGUCCGCGCUUGUGUGCUGCUGCUGCCGCUGCCUUUGCUGCUGCUGCAGACGCCCACGAUGGCGGUGAAAUGGCGGCGGCGCUGCCUGCCUCCUGGCGGGAGGGCAUCAUUACGCUCAUCUACAAGGGCAAAAGCCUGGACCGCGCCGAGCUGGCGUCCUACCGGCCCAUCACGCUGCUCAACUGCGACUUCAAGAUGGUGUCCAAGGCCGUCAGCGCCCGCCUGCAGCCCGCCCUGGAUGCAGUUGUGGAUGAGCUGCAGACCGCGUUCAUCACCGGCCGCUGGAUUGGAGACAACGCGCUGUACCUCCAAGGCCUGAUCGAAUGGAUGCGCCUGGACGUGGGCGCGGACGGCGCGCCACGGCAGGGUGGUGCGCUGUACUUCUUGGAUAUUGAAAAGGCGUAUGACCGGGUGCACCGGCAGUGGCUGUAUGCGUCCGCGGAGGGACUUGGGUUUGGGCCGCGCAUGCUGCGCUGGAUCCGCCUGAUCACUGCCAACGGCUCUGCCCGCGUGUGUGUGAACGGGAUGCUCUCUGACGCCUUCCCAGUGCUGAACGGCUUGCCGCAGGGCAGCACCGCCUCACCACCCCUGUGGGUCAUCCAGAUGCAGCCACUGACAUCCUUUCUGCGGCGGCAGGUGGAGCAAGGGGCACUGCGCACGCCCCUGUUACCCAGCGGCGAGCAGGCGCCACCUGCUGCCCACCACGCUGACGACACGACCCUCACGGCGCGCGACCCGGCGGUGGACGGGCCGGUCCUGAUGGCGGCAGUACAGCUGUUCUGCCGCGCGUCAAACGCCCGUGUCCAUCCGGACAAGAGCAAGGCCAUGGGCCUUGGCAGGUUUGCGCACCUGACGGGCCCUUGCCCACACACGGGGGUGCCGUUUACCACUGGCGCCGUGACGCACCUAGGUGUGCCCCUGUCGUGGGACUCGGAUGCGGCUGCAGCUGACUUGUACACCCGGCGGGCUCGCGGCAUGGCGUUUGUGGCGCGUCUGUGGGCUGCCCUGUCUCUGACUCUCGUUGGCCGUGUGCACAUUGCGAAGCAGGUGCUGGCGGCGAAGCUGGCCUACCACUUCAGCUUCCUCAACCCGUCGCCUGCGCGGCUGAAGGAACUCACCGACCUGGUGGACCACUUUGCUGCGCGCUCCAUGCACGCUGAGGACGCCAGCCUGGUGUCGCACGGGAACCCGCUCCUGCUGCCCAAGCGGGAAACGGCCUGUCUGCCGUACAAGGAUGGGGGUGUCAACCACGUCGACCUGCCUGCGUUCCUGUCUGCACUGCAAGCUAAGACUUUCGCCCUCCUUGCCCAGCCAGGCCGGCAACCAUGGAAGACGCUCACCCGGGCGCUGCUUACCCAUGUGCGCCCGGACUCCGCCACCACGUGGGCGUGGGUGUACAGCGACGCGCCGGCGCCAGCGGGGCUGCCUGCCCGGCUGGCAGCCGCGGUCGGCCACGUGCGGAGCGCGGGUGUGGAACAGCAUCCGCCGCAGCCAGCCACUCAGCCGCCAACGGCGCCGCCACGGUGGCGGGUUAGCCUGGACCAGCUGUGGGUGGCUAACGCUGCGGGGGCUGUGUCCUACGUCCACUACACGGGGCGGCUCUUGGAGCCUGGGCCUGGUGUGCUGCCCCCGGCAGUGGAUGGGGCGUGGCAGCCUGCCUGUGUGCUGCAGCAUCGCAAGCCGCGGCACCUGUGGACCUUUGAAGAGCGGGCGGCGUACGAUGCAGCAUCACCAGGGGAACGGGCAGGGGCGUGGCCUCGGGCGCCGUACUUCCUGGCGCCGGAAGCUGGGGUGGUGGUGCACCCGGAGCACUGCCGGAUUGCGGGUGUCAGCUUGGCGGACUACACGGUGCGGGACGUGCGGCGGGCCAUCACCGCGGCUAACCCGGCCGCACCUCCGACUCCGGCCCGCCCCGCAGCCAUGCCGUGCCCGGCGCCAGCACAGCAGGCGGGGGGUUCGGGGACCCAGCCGGCGGCACAGUCGCGGCUGGCGGAGCGGGAGGCGGAGUGGCAGCGUGCAGCGGCGCAGCUGACCACCACGGCGGCGCAGCACUUCCACAAUAACCCGGUGGCUCUGGACCCCUGGCUCCACCGCACCUCUGCGGCAGCCGGGCUGCAGAACACGCCGGCGCGAGAACUGCAGUCGUAUGCGUCCCCGUCCCAGCAGUCGGGUGAGGGGCCGCGGCGGUCCGCGCGGCUGCAGGAGCAGGCGGCGGGAGGGGCGGGACCUAGCACUGGGCCUGCCACGGCGGCGGCGGCAGCAGCGGCGGCGGUGGAGGGCGACCCUCGCAUGCCGCCCCCGGAUGCGUCCCUUCUGCGGGGUACGUGGCGGAGGCUGUGGGACAGCCACGCCAGUCGGGGGGCAAAGGUGCUGGUGUACAGGCUGCAACAUGCUUACCUGCCUUGCGGGCUGUACAGGGCGGGCAAGGGCAUUCGGCCACGGGUGACCACGGGGUGCGGGGGGUUGGGGGCGCACUGUCCUCACCCCGCCUGCGGGCCACCUGGCCCGCGGGCGUGGGCCAGCCUGACGCACAUCUUCCUGGAGUGUCCAGCUUAUGCGCAGGCGAGGACGUGGCUGCAGCAGCUGUGGGCCUGCGUUGCGCCCCAGGCAGCGGCGCCGCCAGUGACGGACGCGGGCUUCAUGCUGGGGGACCGCAUGGGUAUGUGGACCUCAGGCCCGCGGGGGGCGGGCGCACUGCUGUGGAGCACUUUGCGGGCCACCUUCUUGUACGCCGUCUGGUGUGCGUACUGGUCCCGUGAGCCUGCUAAGCAGACGUCGGAGCAUGUGGUUCGGGAGGUGGUCAGCGAGCUGCGCAGGGUGAUGCAGCUGCGUUUCACUGCUGCCACGCUAACCCCUGAGACCCUGUCGGCUCUGCCCACUCAGCUUCUCACCGCACAGCUCAAGGCGGCUAAGCUGGAGCACUUUGUUGCCAUCUGGUCGGCGGGUGGCGCGCUUUGUGAAGUGGAGGAGGUUCAGGGUGGGUCACCGAAGUUGCACUUGCGGCUGACGCUUGCAUCACCUGUGCAGGCCCCCUAGGUUUCCUUUUGGACGGCGUUUCUUUCCAGGCGCUGGCGUGGCGUAUUAUCGUCAUCAGCUUGUCUGGCGCCCCAUGUGUCAUAGCUCUGGCUGGAGUGGCAGCGCCUGGGCGGCUGUGGGCCUUCCUGCUCAGCGCGUCUUGCAGCGGACUGGAGCCCGAUUAGUCAGCGCCACAUCUGGCCCGUUUAGUUUUCUGCUUGUGUCUCCUCUGCCGGUUCUCCUGGGGUGUUGCUUAAGCCACCGACUUGUGGGGGUGGGGUGGGUUUGGGCGGCGCGAGUGCGUAGCGCUAGUGUUUUCUUUGCUGGCGCGCGGUGGUGGUGGUUCUUGCGGUUAGGCUGUGGUGUAGGUUGGUGCUUGGGUUAGGUCUGGCGGUGUUUUUUGUGCAACCCCUCCCGGGGGGCGGGGGGGCCAGCCUCCUGCUCUGUCUGCCGGGUCGGGGUGGGGUGGGGUGGGAUGGAUGGGGGUGGUUGGUGGCGGUUUCGAGGUGUUUGCUUUCUUUUUUCUUCUCUUUUCUUCUCUUCUUGCCCUGUCAGGGUUCUGGUCUCGGGGACCAGGCUGCUUUCAGGCAGCAGGGGGGCAGCGCGUCUGCCCCUGUUCAACCUUGUAAGGAUGAUUCCUA